GGGGGUCAAAAGUGCGCAGACAUUCCUUGCACCGGAGUCAAAAACCGGCACACGGCGCGCCAUCGUGCGAGUUAGUGCACUGUAUUAGCGGCCGGGUUUCUUGGGGAGCAAGCGAGUCUUGGCAAAGUUCGGCACCGCGACACACCGUGAGGACGGAGCAACUCAGGGCUCGCAUCUUUAGGCCGCUGAAUUCCCACGGAACAACGCCGUCGUCAGCAAGAGACCCACGAAAAAAACACACGCGGUGCCAGGGAUUUUUUUAGGGGGCAGCGGACAGGAGUCGCAGAACUCGGAGAGCACAGCGUGUUAGCCAGGGCUUGCAUACCGUGCCAAGGCACCUCCUGCCCCGCCGACAUUUGACUCGACGCGCUGUGUGAGACGUACCACCGCGGAAGAGAGGUACCUCAGCGACUUGCCACCAGCGACCCCGAUCCCCCCGAACCGAACCUAAGGGGGGUACCCACCAGCUGACAUCUCCCGUUCAAAGCCCGUCGCAGACUCACCGUACUCCGCCGCAACAUGGCGAUGGCAGUUAGUACCUGGAGUAACGACGAUCUGGCCGGGGAUAAGACCAGACAGCAGGCGCCGCCACAACAGCCGAUUGGACCGGUGCGACUCGGUACGUGGAGCCGAGAUGAGCUCGGUCCGGAUCCCAAGACUGUCACCCAACCCCCACCGCCAUCCCAUUGGAGCACAGUCAAUGUCAGUGAUGAUAUCACCUCGGAUAAGACACAGCAUGCCCCGCAGGCCACCCCACAGCCCCCACAAACCCCAACAGCCCAGGGGAUUGGGGUGCAACAGCAGCACCAAACACCGCAACCCACCACCCCAACGCAACCCAGUCAAACCACGCCGACACCCGGUCAAACAGCCCAGUCCCAGGUCCCUCAAACCCAGCAGCAGCAGCAGCAACAGCAGCAGCAACACCAGCAACAGAACCAGAGUCCACCUCAAAUUGAGUGCGUGGUUUGCGGGGAUAAGUCCAGCGGGAAACACUACGGUCAGUUUACCUGCGAAGGCUGCAAAAGUUUUUUCAAGCGGAGCGUGAGGCGGAACCUCACCUACUCCUGCCGGGCAAACCGUAACUGUCCCAUCGACCAACACCACCGGAAUCAAUGCCAGUACUGUAGGCUUAAGAAAUGUCUGAAAAUGGGCAUGAGACGAGAAGGUGUGACAAAACUCCCAACAGUUUUCAGUCAACGUUACUGUACAGUACAGCGCGGACGAGUUCCACCGUCACAGCCCGGGCCAGGCCAGUACCUGGACGGCCGCUUCGAGGGCCACUCUUUCCUCUCGGGCUACAUCUCCCUCUUGCUGCGGGCCGAGCCCUACCCCACCUCCCGCUACGCCCAGUGCAUGCAGACCAACAGCGUCAUGGGCAUCGACAGUAUCUGCGAGCUGGCUGCCAGACUGUUGUUCAGUGCCGUGGAGUGGGCCCGUAACAUCCCCUUCUUCCCGGACCUUCAGGUGACCGACCAGGUGGCCCUGCUGCGGAUGUGCUGGAGCGAACUCUUCGUCCUGAACGCCUCGCAGUGCUCCAUGCCGCUGCACGUCGCCCCGCUGCUGGCCGCUUCGGGCCUGCACGCCAGCCCAAUGUCGGCCGAUCGGGUCGUCGCUUUCAUGGACCAUAUUCGGAUAUUCCAGGAACAGGUGGAAAAGUUGAAGGCGUUGCACGUGGACUCGGCAGAGUACAGCUGCAUGAAGGCAAUCGUUCUCUUCACAUCCGACGCCUGCGGGCUUUCGGACGCUGCACACGUUGAGAACUUACAGGAGAAGUCCCAGUGCGCCCUGGAGGAGUACGUGCGAAGCCAGUACCCGAACCAGCCUAACCGCUUUGGCCGUCUCCUCUUGCGCCUCCCCUCCCUCCGGACCGUGUCGUCACAGGUCAUCGAGCAGCUAUUCUUUGUCCGGCUGGUGGGCAAGACGCCCAUAGAGACUCUCAUCCGGGACAUGCUACUAUCCGGGAGCUCCUUCAGCUGGCCGCCAUCUUACAUGACCGUGCAGUGAUAGCCAGGGUCACCGUAGAGGGCGUGUUGCCAUAGCUACACCCCUGUAGUGACUGGAAGGAAAAGAAAACAAAAAAAUAUAUAUAUAAAAAGAAAGACAAUCCACGACAACAUGAAGAACUGCGAGAGAAAUCCAUGAAAUGAAUCUCUCUUCAAAAAGCAAAUUGUUUCCAUGUUAGGUCCAAGUUUACUUAUAAAAAAACGUCCGAGCUAGGCCUACAUUGAUGCUGGCAUCCGAAUAGAGUGCGCCGGGAAAGAGGCCUCGUGGACCUACACGCAUAAAAUGCGUUAACCGUUGCAGAGUUUCUGUUCUAACCAAACAGAAUCCAACUGCUGAAUCUGUAAGGGGAACUUCUCGGUGUAGUUUAUGUCAUACUUCAUGAAAUGAAGUCUCCUAUACACAUAGUGGUUGAGUAGUCAUUAAAUCUUAUAAAGGUCUCCAACUAGGGCAGGUUGCUAUUGGCUUUUAAAUACCGCAGUGGUUAGAACUGAUCUCUUAACGCAGAUUUCUGGGACUACUUCGUGAAUGAAUGAAGAAGAAAAAACACCC